AUGGCCAUUAAGAAGCUGCGGCGCACGGACAACCAGGUCGCCUGGAUCUGCCCCGUGUCGGACCUCGAACUGCUGCCGUCGCCCCUGAUGCUGGACGAGGAGCACGACGCGUCCGACUACGACACCGCCUAUGACGACAAUGUCUACACCUGUUGCGCCAUGGCCGGCCACAACGUCCCUGACGACCCGACGGAAAAUGUGCGCCUCGGCGACGUUAUAGUCGGGUCGCCUGAGGAUGGCGGCCCGGCCUGUAUCUACUACGACCUGGGCUGA